AUGGGUUUGAAAGGCAAAAUGAUAGGGCAAACUGUGGUAAAACACUCUGGAGUUGGAGAUGUGUUCCAUGAUUUGUUCAGCAAAAGGCCACACGAUCUCACAAUCGCCUCUCCGGACAAAAUUCAAGGCUUUGCUCAGCUUGAAGGUGGCAUCGGCGCUGUCGGAUCCAUGAUCUUCUGGAACUACACCCAUGAUGGUAAGGAAAGGGUUGCGAAGCAGAUCAUAGAAGAAGUGGAUGAAGUGAAACAAUCAAUCAAGUUCAGGAUGAUUGAAGGAGAUCUAUUGGAGUUGUACAAGACCUUCGUAAUAACUUAUCAUGUUGACACCGAUGGAGAAGACAAUUUGGUAACCUGGACUAUGGAGUACGAGAAGCUGGAUGAACUCGGCCCUCAUCCCGGAACUUUGCUCGCCUUUGCCCUUCACCUCAUUGAAGACAUUGAGGCUCAUCAUCUCAACCAAGCUUAAUUUACUACAUUUUCAAAAAUCUGGUUUGUUGGAUUAAUAAUAAUAAUGGUUUGGUUUGAUUACCUGUUCACCUCGGAGAUGCAUGCAUGGUGGAAGACUGCAAGUGCCAGCUGAAUCGAAGUAUUUCCCGGUGAAAACAUAUUUGUAUGGCUUCAUUUGAAGCUGCAUGUGUCGUUACGUUAUUUUCCUUCUUGUAAGUCGUUUCCAUCGGUUGAUCAUGUAAUAUUUCAAGAAAUAUAUAUGUAAGAUUGUGUGUGAAUGUUAUUUUAAUAUAUGCAAUUUGCUGGUGUUUUUCUCCUCGGUGUGCGUGCAUUAAACUUUGUUUUCUGAUUUAUGUGGAAAAGAAAUAUAUCAUUC